AGGGGAGGAGAAGCGCGGGCGAAAAAAAUGCGGAACGGCGGCCAGGCGCAGCAAACGGCGGUGAUGGCGCCGCCUCACUUGAACGGUUCCGCGCAGUUCGUUUCGGCCGGUUACGUGGGCUACGUGGCGCGUCAAUCGUGGGGCCAGUUUCAAGGGGGGCCCCAGCAUCCCAGGAACACGGCCAGGCCUCUGUCGCAUCCGCCCCCGCCGCCCUCCAGAAGGGGGGAGAGCCAAAGGGCUUCCGGCAACGGAUCCGCCAAUCCUAAGAGCGCGUCUCUUCUGCAUUCCUCCAAGCCUGGAACGCACAGGAGUACCACACCCUCGAAGGUGGACCCCGAGCUGAUAUUCACGAAACAAGAACGAAUUGGGAAGGGUAGUUUCGGAGAGGUGUUCAAAGGCAUCGACAAUAGGACCCAGCAGGUUGUCGCCAUCAAGAUCAUCGAUCUCGAGGAGGCGGAGGAUGAGAUCGAGGAUAUACAGCAGGAGAUCAUGGUGCUGUCCCAAUGCGACAGCCCAUACGUCACCAAGUAUUACGGGUCCUAUCUCAAGGGAACGAAACUAUGGAUUAUCAUGGAGUACUUGGGCGGCGGCUCGGCCCUGGACUUGAUGAAGGCCGGUAACUUCGAGGAAAUGCAUAUCGCGGUGAUAUUGCGCGAGGUGCUCAAAGGGUUGGAUUAUCUUCACAGCGAACGGAAGCUCCAUCGCGAUAUUAAAGCGGCGAACGUUUUGCUGAGCGAGAUGGGCGACGUGAAGCUAGCGGAUUUUGGCGUUGCCGGACAAUUGACCAAUACGACCAGCAAACGAAACACAUUCGUCGGGACGCCGUUCUGGAUGGCACCGGAAGUCAUCAAGCAAGCUUCCUACGAUUCCAAGGCUGACAUUUGGUCGCUAGGCAUCACGGCGAUCGAAUUGGCCAAGGGAGAACCACCGAACAGCGAGCUGCAUCCUAUGAGGGUACUGUUUCUGAUACCGAAGAACAAUCCGCCCCAAUUAACCGGAAAUUAUACGAAGCAAUUCAAGGAAUUCGUCGAGGCCUGCCUCAACAAGGAUCCCGAAAACAGGCCGACGGCGAAAGAACUAUUGAAGUUCCAGUUCAUCAGGAAGGCGAAGAAAAACUCGUACCUGAUCGACCUCAUAGACAGAUACAAAAAGUGGAAGUCGCAGAGAAGCGAGGAAUCCGAGACGGAGAGCGAAAAUUCGGACUCGGAAGAGUCGAAGCAGGAUAGCGAUAUGGACGAUCCGUGGAUAAUGACGGUGAAAGGUCCACACGUGGUUAAAGGACCCGUGGUUCCUAUGCUACCGUUGGACGAGCAGCCACCCUCGUUGACCCUCACACACACGCCGAAUCACAGAUCGACGAAUCACAAUCAACAAGCGAAGCCACACGCGAACGGUACCUCGAGAUCUCCGCCAAACGAUUCAACGUUGAAUCAUUACAGGAGCGAGUCGAGGGACUCGGUUCGCGAUGGCCAAGCGAAGCAUACGCCGUCCCGACCGCACGAGGCUGCGCCACCGCCGCCCGUGGAUACGCGAGAAAAACGAGAGGACCGAGACUACCGCGAUUUCAAUCGGGAUUCCUCGUUGAGGGAAUUGAAGGAGAUGCGGGAGAGCAGGGAGAGCAGGGACAGGGAUAGAGAAGGGCGGGACAGGGAGAGGGAGAGGGAGUUUAGCGCGAAAGAGAAGAGGAACAGUAAACCGGACGUACCUGUCGUACCUAUGGUGGACCAUAGGCCCGGUGAAGACAAACAGAGGCCAAGGAGCUCGCAGGAACUGAAGCAUUCUCGAAGCGCGGCUCUUUCCGGUGUUGUUUUACCUCUCCUGUCCGAGCUUCUAAGAAAACAUCCGUGUUUAACGAUACCGUAUUUUUAUCGCGUAUUUAAUAAAAUGAUUUUUAUCGAGAGACUUUUUUUUAUCUCAGGUCACCACAAAAGUCGUUAA